AUGGUCAAGGACGUGAACCGGGCGGAGCUCGAUGCGCUGGAGGUCUUCGUGCGCGCGCGGCAGCAGCGGCUGACGCGCUGCGUCGAGUCGGACCUCGCGCUGCAGUACCAGGUGCUCCAGUGCGGCGACCGCCUGGGCGAGCGCAUGGUCGCCCGGGCGCGGAAGAAGAUGCUGCUCCAGGACGAGGGGAAGACGCUCGACGACGCGUCCCUGCUGGACCCCGUGGACCCCUACCUCGAGGCCUUUGACUCGUCGAUGACCGUCGUGCCGUCGCACGACGCGAGCGCGGCGCGGAUCCCGGGCGUCGUCGCGGACUCGGGCGCGUCGUUCCGCUGGAACGUGCGCCGCCUCGAGCGGGGCUGGCGCGGGUCGCCGUCCUGCACGGCGCCGCGCCAGCUCACCUACUCGACGGCGACGAACCGCGUCGUCCGCAAGAACGCGCCGCAGCUCAUCCCCGGCCUCAUCGGCACGCCCGCGGCGGCGGAGCACAAGACGGCGCCCGGCGCCAAGGUCGCCGGGGGCUUCGACUUCUCCCUGCAGGAGUUCCUGAACUGCGUGCGCACGGGCAAGGGCGGCCUGGGCAUGCUCGAGCCCGCGCUCCCGAACGCGUCGAAGCUCGCGAACCUGUCCGACGCGGCGCUCACGAAGAUCUUCUACAUGAUCGACGAGGACCGGUCCAACUCGCUGAGCUUCGACGAGUUCUACACGGCGCUGGAGAGCUGGGAGGACGAGCGGCGCGCGGCGCGCGACCGCGAGAGGCGGCUCCGCGAGUCCGUCUGCUGGCGCGGGGGCAUCAAGAAGGAGCGCUUCUUCGAGAAGGUGCGCGAGGCGGGCAAGAUCGGCGCCUUCGGGCGCGUCGUCGCGCGCGGCAAGUUCCUCUCGCAGCACUCGCUCCUCGAGCUCUCGACGCUCUUCGACGAGAUCGACGACGACGGCAACGGCGACCUCACCGCGCAGGAGUUCCUCGAGGGCCUCGAGGCGCUCGACGCCCUCAAGAACGGGGGCAAGCAGUCGCCGCGGAAGAAGCUGUCCCACGAGGCGUCGCUCCAGUCCCUCGCGUCCGCGGGCACCGUCGUGACCGCGGACGACAAGCGGCGGCCGGCCACGGAGGGCGGCGGGAGGAACCAGCGCGGCCGCGUCCGCUCCUGCAUCUGCCGGCCGGCGUUGCAGGGCCUGGGCGCUGAGUGCGGCACCAUGGAGGGCCGCCAUGGCCCUCCGGGCGGCCGCAAGCAGCUGCGGCAUGUGUCGCAGGUGUCGAAGGGCACGCCGGACCUGCGGUCGACGGCGGACCUGCGGUCCCUGGGCAUCGACGCGCCGCGGCGGCGGCCGACGAUGAGCCGGGGCAGCUUCGGGUCUCUGGACAGCAACCUGAGCCGGCCGUCGACGGCGCAGCAGAUGGCGGAGCUGGGCAAGCCGAAGACGGCGGCGGAGCGGCUGCUGCGGGGCUACCUGCUGGAGCGCGUGCCCGACCCCGUGCCGCUGGCCGAGAAGCUCGCGCCGCCCGUCGCCGCGGACUUCGCCUCUCGCGCGCGGACGGACCGCGUGAAGCGCUUCUACGGGCCCGACGGGUCGACGUGCGUGCGGCGGCCCCUGACGGCGACGGACCACGCCCUGACGAAGCGCCAGCUGCGGGCGCUGGACCCGCCGAGCGAGCGCGGGGCCGAGGACGACGCGACCUUGGGAUCCUUGGACUCUGCCGCGUUCGGCCUCAGCGCGUACGAGUCCUUCAUGAUGAAGCGCAACGACCUCACGGUCACGCAGCGCCAGCGCCUCCACGCGAACCGCCGCAAGGACGAGAAGCGCACGCUCAACGGCAACGCCAUCGUCGUCCACAAGAAGAUGCUCCGGAAAGUCCGCGCGCAAGCGCUCGAGGCCAAAGAGCUCGCGGAGAAGGAGGGGCGCGACGCCUCGGCGCCGCGGCCCCUCAUGGCCCUCGAGGACCGCGCGGAGCGCAUCUCCACGGCCAUCGGCAAGAUGGAGGCGACGCUCCAGGAGGCGCAGGCGCGGGAUCUGCAACGGCGGACGAAGGCCGCGUGGAAGAUCCAGCGCUUUUUACGGGGCGCGACGGUGCGGUCGUCGCAGGGCGACCUGGGUUUGAAGGGGCGCUUCAUCGUCGACUUCUUCCGCUUCCACAAGACCGACGACGAGGAGUCGCUCGCGUCCUACAACUUCAAGCCCGAGCUCUACGACCCGCUCGCCUUCUGCAUCCAAAAGGCCUACCGGAACUACCGCGCGCACGCCAUCCGCGUCAACUGGAUCUGCCUCCGGCUGGCGGCGCGCUGGCGCGCCAAGUACAAGCUCAAGAAGCGGCGCCAGCGCCUCGAGGCGCUGCGGAAGGCGCGUUUGGCCGCGAACGAGCUCUACAAGCGGAAGAACACGCGGUUCGUCGCGGAGGUCGUCCGCGAGUGGCGGCGGCGCGCGCUCGACGUCGCCCGGGCCAAGGAGACGUGGAAGCGGGGCAUGGCGAUCCUCGUGAUCAAGAACGGGCUCAAGGGCUGGUACGUCGCGCGGACCUACAAGAACGACGUCGCGCGGCACCUGCGGUCCGCGGGCGAGCCGGAGGUGCAGGGGGCCCUGGUGUAUUUCCUCGCGGACGGCGACUGGGGCCGCCUCGUGGAAUCGCUGGACAAGGUGCUGCGGCGGGCCGGCGCGGUGCCCGACGGCACGUCCGGGUUCUGCCCGUUUCUGAAGUCGCGCGUCGUCGGCACGCGGCUCGAGCUCGCGGACCCCUCGCUCGAGGAGUACAUCUCGCUGAAGCGGGGCGACGAGCGGUUGCUGCCCGUGGCCUUCUGGACGUUCUUAUUGGAGGUCGACGACGAGGUGAAGCGGUGCAACGCGGGCGACCGCGUCGAGCGGUCCGAGAAGUCGUCGGAGGAGCAGGCGCUGCUCCUCAAGUGCUUCGCGCGGGGGCUGCUGCGCGACCCCUGGGACGCGUUCGUCGACGAGGGCACGGUGGUCGACGGGCUGCCCGUGGACGACGAGCUCUGGCGGUCGCCGGAGAUGAGCCGGGCGAGCGUCAUCGACGCGCGGACGCACUUCAACCGGACCCACGGCCUCGAGCACGAGCGCGACGAGACGCCCUACGUGAGCAACGGGUCCGCGGACCGCCUCGUCAAGCGGGCCGAGGCGCGCCGCGACUUGAACAAGGUCAAGGACAUCAAGCUGACGCUGGCGCUGCGCGAGGGCGCGCUCCGCUUCAAGAACAAGAAGGGCAAGAGCCGCGGGCGGCGGGCGCUCAUGGCGUCGUCGGGCGAGGGGCGCGCCGUCGGGGCCGUCGUCGCGGCGGCGGGCGGCCUCUUCGAGAGCGGCGUGGCCCAGGACGCGUCCGUGCUCCCCGAGUCCGACGCGAAGCGCGGCUACAAGAUGCGCUGGGUCUGGGACGACGAGAUCUGCCGCCGCUGCCACGCCAUCAUCCCGGACGCGGCGCGCGCUCGGACCUGCCGCACGUGCGAGAGCCUGACGAACCUCAAGGCGGACCGGCCGAACGAGACCUUUAAAGCGAAGAUCGCCGCGCGUUUGGAAGGCGCUUUACCGGCCAUCGACCGGUCCCCGGGCAAGGCGCCGCCGACGGCCUGCGGCGUGCCCCUGGAGAAGCCGACGCGCGUCUCCCACGUGCGCAACGAGAAGGCGUCGACCUUCGUCGUCCACGCGAUGCUCCUCGAGUUGGCGGAGGCGCCGGGGUUGGGCUGGCGCCGCCGGGGCAUCUCGCUCGCGCAGCUCUGGCGCGCGGCCGUCGCCGACGCGCGGCCGGCCAUCGCCGAGCUCGCGAAGCGCAAGAUCUCGUCCGUCGGCCACCUCUUCGACGUCGCGCAGCGCGUCCGGGGCGUCCACAACCUCGUGUCGCUCGCGCACGUCAAGGUCGCGAAGCGCGUCGAGUCCAUGCUGCGGCACCUCGACGACAUGCUGCGGUCGCGAGCGAAGGGGGACCUGGCGCUCGAGCGGCGGCGGCGGCUCUACGCUAAUGGGCCGCUCCAAUUCCUCCCGGUCUCGAAGAUCCAAUCGCCGCGCAAAAGCCCGUCGCCGAACGAGGUCCAGUCCUUCCCCGACCGGCGCAUUCACUGGAACCCCGACGACGACGCCGACGACGACGUGGGCCUCCCUUUGUCGCCGCCGAACCCGCCGUCGAUGCUCCCGCGCGCGGCCGCGGCGGACGCGCCGACGAUCCCCAAACUGGCGCCGCUGACGCCGCCGCGGUCCGACAAAAAGUCCCCCGGGCCCCCGCGCGGCCACGCGUGGACGUCGCCGGGCCGGCGCACGCCCGUCGUGGACCUCAAGCGCUCGAGCAUCUUCGAGUUCCGCGACAACGAGGACGACGAGCAGAUCCGUUCCGAGCGGUCGCUGCGCGGCAACUGGUCGGUCGAGGACGACGCCUGGGAGGACGACGCCGCCGAGGAGGCGACAUUCCCCGUUUCGAAGCCCGACAUGGACGAGUCGGCGCCCGCGCCGCCGCCGCUGCUCCGGAAGGACGACGUCGCGACGGACCGGCUCGCGUUGCUCGCGUGCGUCGCCGCGGCGGACUACGCCGUCGGCCUCGCGGGGGGGCACGGCCCGUGGGCGGCGCGCUGCUUCGGCUUCGCCUACGCGCUCCUCCUAAUGCGAUAG